AUGGUGGAUGCCGCAUUGACACUGCCAUGCGGCAUUUGCUUGCCGAAUCGCUUAGCCAAAGCCGCAACCUCCGAACAUCUGGGAGACCCCAGGACUGGAGAACCCACCCGGGACUUGGUCGAGCUGUACCGGAAAUGGGCCCAAGGAGGAGCUGGCCUCAUCAUCACAGGGAAUGUGAUGGUGGAUGCCUUGUAUCUGGAGGGCCCCUGCAACGUCAUAGCGAGCAGCGACAGUCCGACGAGCUUGUGGAAGGAAUGGGGCCUUGCCAGUACCACGGCAGCAGCGGGCAAUAAUGCACCAGUAUCCAUCGUGCAGCUAUCCCAUCCUGGACGGCAAUGCCCCUUGUCGGUGAGCUGGAAGCGGCCCGUCGCCCCGUCAGAGGUUUCCUUCAACUUGCCCGGCGUCGGCCUUCAACUUUUUCGGCGGCCGCGGUCCAUGACGGAGGAGGAAGUUCUUGCCCUGCCAUCUCAAUUUGCCGAAGCAUCUAAGAAGUGCGUGUCUGCCGGCUUCCACGGCAUUCAGGUCCAUGCUGCACAUGGGUACCUCCUCUCUCAGUUUUUGUCUCCGCACACCAACCGCCGGUCUGAUGGUUUCGGCGGCUCCUUGCGCAAUCGCAUGAGGAUUCUCUUGGACAUUGUUGCGGCCGUCCGCAAGGCGAUGGGGCCAGGCAAGCUUCUUUCAGUGAAGGUGAACUGCCAGGACUUCCGAGCCGGUGGUUUCAAGGAGUCGGAGGCGUUGGAGCUCAUGGCCGAGCUGGAAAAGGCUUCGGUAGAUUUGGUCGAGGUGUCGGGAGGCACAUACGAGCACAUGGUUUGCAUGGGCCAAAGCGAUCAGGACAAGGAGGGCACUUUCCUGGACUUUGCCAGAGAGGUGCGGCAGCGCGUCCCGGGCCUGCCGGUGAUGGCUACAGGUGGCUUUCGCAGCUUUGCCUUCUGCUGCGAUGCCGUACGAUCUGGUGGCUGCGAUGUGGUCGGCCUUUGCCGGCCGCUGUGCCUUCAGCCAGACCUGCCCCUCAGGUGGCUGCGUGGAGAGGAGGUGGAUGCAUCUUCUUAUCGCGUGAGGCUCCAAGUGCCCUUUUUUCAGAGCCUGCUCAUACCUGGCCUCAGCUACUUCUGGCACCAGCGCCAGCUUCAGCGCCUCGGAAGUGGCGAGCCUGUCGAGCCCAUCCGAAAGCUUGUCCUCCUACGGCUUCUUUGCUGCCGUCUGGUGCGUGCCUACAUCUUCGAGCCGUGCCGCCUCUCCAACAGAAACUGCCUUGGCUUGACCUUUCUGGCAGGUUUGCUGUCAGCUUUGGGAGUAUGGCAUUGCCAUACACGCCGGCGCAGCUUGCGUGCCAUCUGA